CUUUACACCUUUAGGCCAUACCUUACUACUGCAAUACAAUGCUCGCCUUGGCAAGUCGGCCCGUGUUCCGGGCGUGCGUUCCUAACGCGCGCCGAUCCUUGAGCGUUCGCGUGCUAAAUGAGGCAAAGGCGCCCGCUCCGGGUGGAAAGAGGGCAAAGGCAGUGCAGAAGGAGGAGCCCAGCAAGGCCAAAGCCAAGGGAUCCGCUCCCAAGAAGGAGGAGAAGGGGCCAAAGAAGGCACCUUCUGCCUAUAACCUCUUCUUCAAAGCCAAGUUUCCGGAAAUUAAGAAGGCCAAGCCGGAUGUGUCCCUAGUGGACGGGGCUGCGCUGGUCCGGGAGGCAUGGGCAGCCGCGACGCCGGAGGCCAAGGUCCCCUUCCAGCGGGAGGCGGCCGAACUGAAGGCCGCCGUGGCUGUCAAGCGGGCUGAGUUUAAAGCCGCGAAGAAGGCCAACGCCAGGCCGCUAUCCGGCUACAUGCUCUUCUCAAACAAGGAGCGCGCUGCAGUUAAGGCUGCCAACCCGGACAAGUCGAUGAUUGAGAUCUCCGCUCUGCUAGGAAAAGCGUGGAAGGAGCUCCCGGAGGCGGAGAAGGAAAAGUACAAGGCUGAGUCUCAGAAGCUGAAGGACGAGUGGAAGGCCAAGCAGGCGCCAUCGUCGUAGAAGUCGCUGGCUGCAAUGCACGUCUGGAUGAUAGCGUAGGAGAGCUGGAGCGGGAUUGGGGGCCACGCACGCAUCUUGGAGUGGCGCAUGUCUCCAUGUGUAGGCAAUAAGUUUUGCGCGGAUGGCGAAGAGUAUUUUAUGCUAACGGAGGCGUAAGGAGGGUGUUGAGGACGAUUGUCAGGCGGCCCCUAAGUGUGUGUUGUCGAGCUUGCCGCUUUGGUAGUACAAUUGGCGGUUUGCUCUUACUUAGGCAUACACGCAAAUGUUACAAGGGGUUAUUUUUACGAUGCAGCAUUCUUUUCGCUGGGUUUAGCUCAAGUACUCUGCAGCGUUGUCUUGGUUGUUCCUGACCGAAUGACACGCCUGCUUAAUGUGAAUUGGACCCAAAGUUGUUGGAUUCGGGUUGCAUCACGUGCCUAUCUUGAAUCCUGUCUUGGGACACGCUGGAUUUCGAGCAACGUCGAAGGGGUUUGAUCUUGGCGUUUGGUAAUUGGACGUAUCGCAGGCCUUUUGCUGCAGGAAGGGCGUGCUUUGCAUGGCCAAAAUGUAAUAACUCCACGUCAA